AUGGGUUGGCGCGCUCCCGUUCCAGAUGCGGGCGCGCUCGCGAUCGCGAGGGCGAGGCUGUGCAACGUAGAGGGCGCCGGCGCUGGCCUUGCACAGAGCUUCGCGGAGUCGAUCGCUGGCAGCGGAUGGGGGAACGUGAAGGAGUCCGCCAUCGCCGAGCACGUCGGCAGAUUCCUGAAGACCGAGGCGGAGUCAACGGGGGGCGCUGUGGCUCUGGAGAUUGCUGGCGCAGGGGCCGGCGGCGUGUCCAAGAUCAAACUGUUCUUGGCGAAGCGCCGUUGCGACUGCGUCAAGACGCAUUGGAAGCACUUCGGGUUGGUCGUCCUCGCUGACCGCGUUCGCGGUGCGGUGGCUUUCCGCAGCCUGGUUCUUAGGCCGACUCAAGUGGCCGCGGCGGCUGUCAGGCCAGCGGCUUCACCGGCGAUGCUGUGGCACCAGACCAGGUUCUUCACGUUCGUUGAGGCCCAGAGGAAGCACACCCACUUCGCUUUGGGCGUGCUUAUCCAGGAAGGUUUAGCCGACGCGUUCGGGCGAUCCGAUCGUUUGCCGGACAAAGGCGAUGCAACCGUUGGCCUGAUCCACCCCGCUGUCAUGGCCCGCGCUGGCGGCUGCGUGGACAUCCUGCGGCAUUUUUCGAACGCUCUGAUCGGCAGCAACGACGCGACCGAGGUCUCCACCGCCAAUGUAGGCCAGGCAAUCGCAUGCGUGGAGCAGAAGACGCGCGUGAGCAAUAUCAAUCAGGCCUCCCACUCCAGCUCCAUGUGGUCGUUUGCCCUGGCAGCCUGUCAACGCCAGCUUGCUUCGACUUCGAAAGGCGAGCUUGGCGACGAGAAGAUCGACAGGGCUAUGCAGAUCUUGGGCGAGGACGCCGCGCUGCCAUCCUUGCUUCGCCGCGCGGGCCGCAUCAGGACAGACGAAGCGUUCGCCGCGAUCGACGAGUCCGUCGACCACUUGUUCGAGGCAACGAUGCUUCGGAACAAGAGGCUGCGCGAGGAGCAGGCGUCCAUGGCGGGGGUCUUCGCAGCCUGCGUCGUGAGGGGUGGCGUCGUGACAGUGAAAGGCGAUGUCGAUGAUCAGGGGUUGCCUGAAGACAUCGCCUUCAUCAGCUACCAAUUGUUGUUUCAACUUGUACAUGAGGCAUCCAUUUGCAAGGGCGGCCUCAAGAACUUGUGCGAGCGUUUGGUGAAGGCUGUUGGGCGCUUCUCCUACGGCCUGACGGGCGCCCUCGAGGCGACUCGCAAUGCUUGCGCCGCCGCUUUCAGGGCCAUCGCCAACGGCGUCGGCAUCCGCAACCGCGUCAAGGACUUGGUCACAAGCAUGGGCGCCUUACCCAAGCACAUGCUAGGGCAGGACCAGGCCGCCUUCCUGCAGUCAGCCUUCGAGAUUGCGGACAUCUGCGACUCAAUCGAUAACCUCACCAUUUGCAACAUCUGCGCUGGCGGAUCGGCACUUUCGCAACGUGGCGGGACAUUUCCCGACGAGCCCGAGCUCGAGGACGCGCCCGUCAAACUUCAGCUGGCGUUUGGCCUGGCGACCGAGGCGAAGAGUUCGCCAAUGGCUGCCCACGUGCGUUCUGCAUUGGCAGGGUCCUUGCGCUCGUCAUGUCAGAAGCUUAGGAUCGCGGUCCACAUCGACGGCGCCAUGGUGGAGGUGGCCUCGGACUCAGGGCCCGAGUGGUGGAAGGAUGUCACCUUGUUCUUUUCUCUCGAGUUCCGCCAGUGCGCCGCCGUCGCCUCCGGGAAGGCUGCGGCUUCGGAUGGGUGCAGGUGGGAAUGCGACGUCGCCGGGGUAGCCUUGCGCGGCAUCUGCGAGGUGAUCGGCAUGUCGACGUCGAGUGCGCUCGCAAAUGGGCCGGCGCCCUGUUGGUUCAACGAUUCGGUCAAGCAGCAGUUUCCCGACCUUAAGGGUGCCGGUCUCGAGAAGGACAUCGCUUCAUGCGUCGAGCCCCGCUGCGACAUCUUCGCAGGAGGGCUUGAGCGAAUGGGGCAGUUGGAAGGCGCUCGCUCCGCGUGCCUAGGAACGGUAAGUCCACGCAUGUAUACUUUGCUGUCCUACUUCCAGGGCUGGUCCGAGGCCGUCGACCUAGCUUGCGAGCGUCCGUUCACGAGGCCUCUGGGUGCGACUGUGGCCGAGAGCAAGGAGCUGCGAAAGGCCAAGGACCCCGACCCGUGCUUAUACGAACUCUCCGUGCUGGCCGACUCGGAAACUUGCGAUGCCAUUGCAGGAGAUGCUCGGGCGCGCGCUGCUCCGGCGACUGCCCCGCUCGGCCCCCGCGCCGCUGGUGCGGCCCGCGCCGCGGCCGCCGCGCGCUCCGCCGGCCUGCAGGCACAAGAGCACCUUGGCCGCCGACGCGUGCGCCUCCGCGGGCGGAGGAGCGGCGCCGCCCCCGCGGAGGCCCCCGCCAGCAGGGUGGCGCGGCUGCUGGGCAUGGGCGACGCCGCGCUGGUGAAGCCCGGUUACGAGACCAUGGUUGGCAGCUGGCUGGUGGGCACCUCUGGCAUGCUCAUCUCGAUGAUCGCGAUAGGCGGCUACACUCGGCUUAGCGGCAGCGGCCUCUCCAUGACCGACUGGCGGAUCGAGGGGCGGCGCUUGCCCAGCGGGGAGGAGGAGUGGACGGCGGAGUUCGAGAAUUACAAGAAGUACCCCGAGUACGAGCGCCUGCACUGCGGCUGCAUGGAGCUGCAUGAGUUCAAGCGAAUUUACUUUAUCGAGUGGUUCCAUCGCAUGUGGGGCCGGACAGUCGGCGUGCUCUUCGGCGUCCCGCUGCUGUACUUCUCCGCGCGAAGGGUGCUCAAGCCGGCCCUGGUCCUCCGGUUCUCGGCCAUGUUCGCGCUGGGGCUGUCGCAGGCCUACGUCGGCUGGUGGAUGGUCAAGAGCGGCAUGGACAAUCCUGAGAUGCACACGCCGUUGCAGGGGCCCAACCAGCGACCGCGUGUGUCACCUUACCGGCUGGCAUCCCAUUGGGCCGCCGCCCUGACACUCUACGUGGGCUGUGCGUGGACCGCCCUGACCCUGCUGAGGCCGAGCCCAGCUGCGCUGCACAGGACCCAGGAGGCCAUCGUGGCGGCGCUGAGGCUCAGGAGGGCCGCCCUGCCCGCGGCAGGCCUGGUGGGCCUCACCCUGCUGAGCGGGCCGUUCGUGGCGGGCAACGACGCGGGGCACGCGUACAACACGUGGCCGAAGAUGCUCGACGACUGGGUGCCGCCCGAGUGGCUGGAGGCCGUGGCCGACCCGCGCGCCGCCUGGCGCGCCUUCUUCGAGGACACCGCGGUCGUGCAGUUCGACCACCGGUGCCUGGCGUACGCGUCGGUGCUGUCGACAAUAGGCCUCUACGGCUACUCGAUGCUGCUGCCGGUGUCGCCGGCCGUCGUGACGGCGAUGAGCGCGCUUCAGCUGGCCGUCGCGGGCCAGAUGCUCCUCGGCAUAGCGACUCUGAUGCUGUACGUCCCGACGGAGCUCGGGGUGGCACACCAGGCUGGCGGCGUGGCUGUCCUCACCGCCCUGGUCUUCGCCCUGCACACGCUGCGCACCCCGGCGGCGGCAGCGGCGGCGUGCCUGUAGCUUCCCCUCCUCCUUCUCCUCUUCCUCCGCCGCCCGGCAAUCCUGUGCUGGGGCAAACCUUCGUAGGUGCACCCCUCUCUUCCUCCUCGCGUCUCGCUCCUGGCUCCUGGUCCUCUGUCCUCCUCGCUCCGCCUCCGCGCUUCCCCUCCUCCUCGUGCCUCCU